AUGAGUAUCAGUGGAACAGAAAGCUGUAGCAAGAACAUAGGGUGCAGGAUGGAUCAUCUCCUCACUGCUGUAAAAAAUGAGCUACAGGCUGGCAGUGACAAGGGUGACCCUACAGAGAGGGAGCUUAAAGUAGCAUUAGAGGAACCAGACUUAUGGUUAAGAUUUAAAGAACUCACGAAUGAAAUGAUAGUCACCAAGAAUGGCAGGAGAAUGUUUCCAGUUUUAAAAGUAAGUGUUACUGGCCUAGAUCCAAAUGCUAUGUAUUCAUUGUUGAUGGACUUCGUAACUGCAGAUAACAAUCGAUGGAAGUAUGUGAAUGGAGAAUGGGUGCCAGGGGGCAAACCUGAACCACAGGUUCCUAGCUGUGUCUAUAUACACCCAGACUCUCCUAAUUUUGGAGCCCAUUGGAUGAAAGCCCCGGUUUCCUUCAGCAAGGUCAAACUCACCAAUAAAAUGAAUGGAGAAGGACAGAUCAUGUUAAACUCUUUACAUAAAUAUGAGCCCAGGAUUCAUAUAGUACGUGUUGGUGGACCGCAGAAAAUGAUCACCAGUCAUUCAUUCCCAGAAACACAGUUUAUAGCUGUCACCGCUUACCAGAAUGAGGAGAUCACUGCUCUUAAAAUUAAGCACAAUCCGUUUGCCAAAGCCUUUCUUGAUGCAAAAGAGAGGAGUGACCAUAAAGACUUCAUGGAUGAAGUGGAAAACCAUCAGCAAGCUGGUUUCUCACAAUGUAACUGGCUGAUCCCUGGGUCCAGUUCAUUGUGUUCCUCUGCUAAUCACCAUCCUUCAUUUGGGACUCCUAUAUCACUUCCUUCUUCUCAUGGCUGUGAAAGAUUUACAACAUUGAAAAAUCAUAGAGCUUCACCUUAUCCAAGCCCAUAUGCCCACAGAAACCAUUCUCCACCAAGUUACACUGAGAAUACCUCUGCAUGUCUUCCUGUAUUCCAAUCGAAUGAUCAUUGGCCUGGUUUACAAAUGCAAGCACACAGUGCAAUGUCAUCAAUAAAUCACACAAGUGGUAUUCCGUCCAGUUCUUGUCAAUAUCCAAGUUUAUGGUCUGUGAGUAACAGUACCCUUGCACCAUUGUCACAAGCUGGCGGGAUUGGCGGAGGCCCAGGAUCUCAGUACCUGAGAAGCUCUACGGCCCAUUAUACCCCAUACAAUCAGAUUGUUCCCUCACCUUCUAUGGGAUCUCCUUUAUAUGAAGGUGGAAGCACAGACAUUGAAGACAACCCAUUUGAUGUUACAGGACAUGACAGGCUAGCACCAUCAUGGGCACCAGUGACCCCUCCCUCACUAUAA